CAAGGGACUCACGAUGCCCCUUAAUGGCGAGAAGCAGUGUGUGGGUGAGGACCAGCCGAGCGACACAGACUCUUCCCGGUUUUCCGAAAGCACGGCUUCACUCAGUGACUAUGAGUGCUCCAGGCAGAGCUUCACAAGCAACUCCUCCAGCAAAUCCAACUCUCCUGCUUCAACAAGCCCUCCUCGGGUUGUAACAUUUGAUGAAGUGAUGGCUGCAGCAAGGAACUUAUCAAACAUGACUCUUGCUCAUGAAAUUGCUGUAAAUGAGAACUUUCAAUUGAAACAAGAUGCCAUCCCGGAGAACAGCCUGGCUGGGCGGAUGAAGCACAUUGUUCACCAGGCCUUCUGGGACGUCUUGGAAUCAGAACUGAGCGCAGAGCCCCCCGAAUACGAACAUGCCAUCAAGCUGUUUGAAGAAAUCCGAGAAAUUCUCCUCUCUUUUCUAACUCCUGGGGGCAACCGCCUUCGCAACCAGAUCUGUGACGUUUUGGACACGGACCUCAUUAGGCAGCAAGCCGAGCACAGUGUUGUUGACAUCCAGGGCCUGGCAAGCUACGUGAUUAGUACGAUGGGAAAGCUGUGUGCUCCCGUGCGAGACGAUGACAUCAGAGAAUUGAAGGCCACCGGCAACAUCGUGGAGGUGCUGAGACAAAUAUUUCACGUUCUGGACCUCAUGAGAAUGGACAUGGUCAACUUUACAAUCAGGAGUCUUAGGCCCCAUCUUCAACGCCAGUUGGUGGAUUACGAGAGAACCAAAUUCCAGGAAAUUCUUGAAGAAACUCCAAGUGCUCUUGAUCAAACGACAGAAUGGAUAAAAGAAUCUGUAAAUGAAGAACUACUUUCUCUUUCUGAGGCUGAUUUACCUCCUGGAGGCGAAGGUGGCUCCAAGCCAAGCCUGAGCCCUACACUGGUGCUAAAUAACAGUUACUUGAAACUAUUACAGUGGGAUUACCAGAAAAAGGAAUUACCAGAGACACUCAUGACAGAUGGAGCACGUCUUCAGGAAUUGACAGAGAAGCUGAAUCAAUUGAAAAUGAUUGCCUGCGUGUCUCUGAUUACCAGUAACAUGGUGGGUGCUGUCACAGAAGGUCUACCUGAGCUUGCAGACAGAUUAAAAAGGAUCUCCGCUGUUCUUCUUGAAGGCAUGCACAAAAAGACAUUUAACCUGAAGGAAGCCCUGAACUCUAUUGGUAUUCAGACCUGUGUUGAAGUUAACAAGACUCUGAAAGAGAGAGACUUGUCCCCUUUAAAUGCUGAGGUGCAAGCCAGUCUUAUAGGUCAAUUUUCAAGUAUCGAAGAAGAAGACAAUCCAAUCUGGUCCUUGAUUGAUAAACGAAUCCAGCAAUACAUGAAAAGCCUCCUUUGUCUCCCAACCCCUCCAAAAAGCUUGCCUCCCAUUCCUGGAGGCCUUGCUGUCAUUCAGCAGGAGCUGGAAGUACUGGGCUCUCAAUAUGCAAACAUUGUGAAUCUCAACAAACAAGUGUAUGGACCAUUCUAUGCAAAUAUCCUUCGGAAGCUGCUCUUCAUUGAGGAAGCCAUGGGAAAGACAGAAGCCUCUUCUCCCCCAAACUAA